AAACGUAGAGUUGGGAGAAAGAAAAGAAUGGAACCAAACAAGUGAAGUAGUACACAACACAUAGAGAUAGGAAGACAAAACAUUCUCACUCCGAACAAAAUGUCGAUUAACAGCGAAUCUACGCCGCCACCGCUGAUCGGCAAAAUCGGGCCUUACACCGUCUUCAUGACGCCGCCGUCUACACCCAAACCCUCCGACGACCACCCCGUCACCACCACCACCACCACCAAGAUCGCACCUCCGCCGCCUCAGAUUCCCAAAGCCGUUCCUUCCCCCAAACCCGUCUCCGACCCCGACGAUUCCGUCUUCGGCUUCUUCAGAAAUGCCGUUACCAAGGUCCAAACCGCACACUCAAGUUUGGAUGAUCAUUUGGCACGUUGGUUUGGGUUGAAUCAGUCAAAGUAUCAAUGGGCUCUUGACGAUUAUUAUGAGAGCAAGGGAAUGGAAAAAGGAGACAUUAAAGUGAAAGAAAUAUCGAGCAAAGUACAGAGUGUUUGACUUGCCUAGAGUUGGUGGAUUAUUCAAAAGUGAGGUGUGAAGACUCCUGCUUUGAGUAUAUUUAUACCUUUGUAUUUACAUGUGGAGUAGAAUGUACGCGUCUGAUAUGUCAAAGUUAUUUGAUCUAAAUCCAUUGAUAUGAUUCAAUGGUUAUUUUCCAACUCCUGCCAGUUGAGUCUGAUUGGACAGUCUCUACCUGUAAUCUAAUUACCAAGUUAUUUUCUGGGGCAAAUGUUUUGUUUUUGUAUUGUAGUUUGGGUCAUGUUUUUGGGCUUCUCAUGAUGGCUGGGUUUUCUCCUAAGCAUUUUGUUUGUAAUCUGAGGGGGCUAAACUCUGCAAAAACCCUAUGCAAAUUAUUUCAAGCGAUAGUGUGAUUGGUUAUUGAAAAAAAUCGUAAUUUGUCCAGUA